UGACAAAAAUCAGCCAAAUACCUUCCUUCAGGACUGUUUUUCUUCUGUUUUUCAUUAACUAUUCCUGAGUUGCAAGAUGACAAGCUGUAAAUUGUGUAAAUGACACUACUGGAUCAAAGACUGCAGACAAGAAUGCCCUCGAGUUUAAGAGAUGAUGUAAAAUAGGAACUGCACAAUGAUAAUUUCAGGGUAAGGAAAUAAUGAAAAUGUUGUAGAAGCAGAGUAGAGUUGACAUUGGAACGGACUUCUGAAGGUUGUCUGGUCCAAUCUGUGCACUACUUGAAGCACUGUCACCUAGAGCAGGAUGUCAGCAUCUUUUUUAGGUUUUCAGUAUCUUGAAGAAUGGAUACACCACAUUGUGUUUGGGCAAUGCUUUGAUGUUUAUUCACUCUUACAAACAGAAGAGUUUUUCCUGAUAUUUAAAGGGACUUUCCUGUUCUCCAUUUUUGGUCAUUGUCCUGCCCUUAGGCAUCACUGAGAUCAGCUCCAUUUUCUCAACCCCUGCCCAUCAGGUAUUUACUUCGAUAAAAUAUCCACUAAGCCUUCUCUUCUGUAGAUUGAACAACACCAGUUCUCUCAGCCUUUCCCCACAGUAUUCAUCACUUACAAGGAAUUCUCAAAAGAGUUUAAAAAAUGUAACCACUUCCAACUAGCUUCCAAGAAAGAUCCAUAAUCUCAAGGAAACUGAGGAUAUUAUAUAGCAAUUGUCAGGUUAGCAGGUCAUGCAGCAAAAAUGCCUUGGAAUGAUGAUGAUGAAACAAAUCAAAAUCAUGAUCUCCCACUCAGUAUGGCAAAUUUGGAGUACACUGGGACUGCAGAAGAAAUACUGGCUACUUGUAACGUGACGUUAAAUUUAAAAGCCUCUUGAGACUAAAACAAAUUUAUUCAGACCCAGUCCAAAUAUGAGGCCCUCACUGCAUGAGCAACAGUUUAUAAAUGGUUAAUUAUGGUACAUGUGGUAAUAGAAAGGUGCUUAAUGCUACUCAUGUAGCAUUUUAAGCUACAUGAGUAGUUUGAUCCAAGAUGUUUUUGGAAGGCAUGGAGCUAGGAAAUGUCAGGGAGCUGUCAUGUUACUUGUUUAUUGAGUGUGCCUCAUGCCUCAAUGUGGACUUAAAAAAGCUGUUGCAAGGUCUCAGCAGUGAUAGUUUCUCUCAAAUCAAGCCCAACUGUGGAUAUGGAAGAAAGAAAAAUGAGAAAGCACAGUAAAAAAUUCAACAAAAUACUAAGGAUGCUGAUUUUCAGAAGAAAUCUCCACUCUAGAUGUAAUUCUCCUGGAGACAUUGUAGUAUGGCUUAGAGGGAGCUUGUAUUUAAAUACAAACACAGUGCCUUUCCUGGAGAUCACUGGAACCUUCAAAACAGUGAGAAUACAGUUUGCUGCAUGCAUAGCACUCUUGAGGGCAGUGGUGUCUCCAAGCUCUAUGGGAUUUCUCUCAUCUUUGCCUGAGAUAUGAAGUGUAUGAGGCAGGACAAGGAAAGAAACCUACUUUUUUAGCCCCUCUAUUUAAAGUGUGUGGACACAUUACAGCGUAGCCUCUUUACAUGAGGCAAUUCUCCUUUUCUUACAUGACAUAUACUCCUGGCCAAAUACUUCAAGAUGAUCCAGCAUGUCCUUGAGACUAGAAAUGUCUGACUUACAGUGAUGCAUCUUCUCUGGCAAAAACCUUGUGAGGGGAGACUGCAACUUAGUGAUUUUUCAAGAGGGAAUAAAAAAAUCAGCAAUGGCUGUCACAGAAACACCAUUAAUUACCAGAAGUAAUUUGAGCACUAUGCAUGAAGCUGAAUCAGGGAUGAGGCUUGGAAAAACUGUAGAAUGUUUUGAGAUAUUAUGCAAAACAAAAGUGCCAAUAACAACAAAGACAUAGUGAAGUGAAACAAUUUAUAAUGCCAUAUAUUGGAGAGGAAUGGAGAUGGAAAGGAUGUGAACUGUCCUGUAGUUUGGUGAUAUGUAUUGGACAGAACAAGCACUAAUGCAAGUAAAAAUUUAUAGGACACAGCACUUGUAUAUCAGUAUAAUCCCCUUUUUUCAGCCUAUACAUAGAAAUUCACUCCAGAGCAAGUAUGAUUUGUUUUUAUAAUUUCUUCCUGAAACACAGCCCUAAUUACAGACAUUCUUACAGUGCACAUAAUUCUGUGUAAAUAACAACCUUUAUCUGUGACCCUGCAGCUCCUCUGACAAGCAUAUAUCCAAAACACAAGCAUAAAGACAGAGCUAACUAGGUACUAGGAAGCUUUACUUCAUUUCCUUCAUUUGAUGAAUGAUUAAAUUAAAAAUGCAAAUCUUUUUCUGUCUCCAGCAUUUCUUUAAUUGAUUAUAACUCAACUUGCUUGUAAAUCACCUGUGGUAUUGAAACUUACUGCUUCCUCUAUGAUCUGGAACUUGACACUUCAGCAUACUACAGUUAGACUUUCCUAUUGGCUGCUGAUCCAAUUAAAUCCCAGAUGAUUAUAGGAAGUUGCUCAACUUAGUCAAUCUUUUGCUAAGGAUUUUCUAGGUUUAUUAUUAUUUUUUACACUGCCUGGUUAUUCAUCAGGUACAAAGGUUGAAGAAAAACAAAGUGCUGUUUCACCAUAUUAUUUCUUGUCAGUGCACUGAAAAAUCUACACAUGUGUACAUAUGAUACCUCUCAGAAGCAACCAAAAGGCAAAUAUGAAACUCUAUUGGCUUGUGAUCUGGGCUGGAACACUGUUUUUGAAUCCAGUCAUUGCUGACUGCAACAUUACAUCCCAAACUGUUGCUUGUGAGGAGUCUGCAAAGAACCUCUUUAAUAUGUCCCUCAACCUUUUUCAAAACAUUACUAAAUUAAGCCUCAAAACCAAUAAAAUCACUUUAGAAGAUGAUGACAAAGAGAUUCUUGGACGUUUUAUUAACCUCACUGAACUUCAUCUGAAUGAAAACAACAUUACUACAUUGAACAAUAACAGCUUCUACAAUCUGAAAAAUCUCAUAACUCUGGAUAUUAGCAACAACUGUAUUAGCACAGUUCAUAAAGCAGCAUUUGCAGGAUUAAAUCAACUCUCAGUGUUGGAUCUAUCCUAUAACAAGAUUGCUCAACUGGAUUCAGAUACAUUUACUUCUCUAGAAAGUCUGACAGUUUUAAAUCUACAGUAUAAUUUUCUGAAAUAUUUUCAUAUAAAAUCAUCUUUUAAACUAACUAAAAUUGUUUUAGCUGGAAACCCAUGGAUCUGUUCCUGUGACCUCCUUGACUUACAGAUAUGGCUUACUGCCUCCAAUGUGACAUUGGAAAAUGAAAGCAACACUACAUGUACAUUCCCAAACAUGGAAAAAAUCUCCAUCAAGAUGGCAGCUAUCCAACCAGCUGACUGCAAAAUUGAAAACACUCCUUUAGAAAACACUGUAACUUCCACUCCUGCUGUUAAUCUUAGAAGUAGUGCCUUAACAGCUCUGACUCCAAACAACAUCACCGAAAACAAUGGAACUCAUGCAGAGUUACCACUUGUUGGCAAAAGUUGGACCUUCCUAGCAGGUGUCCUAGGGUUCGUCCUAGGCACUACAUUCCUGAUUUUUACUGCUGUAAAAUGCCCGGCAUGGUAUCACUACUUGAUCAGCUACCAUCACAGUCGUCUAGAAGAAAAUGACUCAGAGAUGUUUGAACAUGAGUUCUCAGCUGAUAUGAGUCCUUCUCCUUCAAUAUUGGGCACAAGCAGUGAAGAACCCAUUGUAGUAUUUGAGAAAGUUCAUGCACGUGGAGAUGAAGAAGAUGGAUUUAUUGAGGAUAAAUACAUAGAUAUUUAUGUAAAUGAGAAGCAUUAAUGUCUUAAACAAUGGAUGUUGAACUGACAUUUCAAAAAUGUAGUACACUUGUACUUUAAUUUUAUGCUUUAUUACAUGCAAUACAGAAUGAAGAUAUGAAGUCUAUCUCCUUUCCUCUUGCCAAAUCCUUAACAAGAUUUUGCUGCAUCAAUCAUGAAGUUAAAAAAAUGGGGUCAUAUGCAUGCAUUAUUGGCACAACAAAUACUUCAAAACUUGCAAAAAAUAAUCAUAAUCCAUUUUUUUAUAAAAAUGUAUUUGGCUACUUAUAUUGGGGGGCUUACUAUAUAUUCUUUAACAUGAACAAAGCAGCAGGUGAAGUUGUCAUAAUCAUUAAUGCUUUCAUUGUGAACAAGUCUAGAAGAGAAAAAUAAUUUCUCUAAAAUGCUGAAGCAGACCACAGCCAGACUGGGGGCUGGCUCCAAAUCAAUGCAGUAACGGUUCUGAAGUCUAUUAGGCAAAACUAACACAAUCAGAGAAUGGAGCAUUUGGGUAUUUUUUUACCCAAAUUAGCAGAGCAAGAAAGACCAACUGUUGUAUUCCCAAAAAUGUGUAUGUACAGUGCAAUGACAAAUUACCCUUACUGCAUUGCUCCUGAAUCAAGUAUUUUCUCUUCAUAUUUUCUUAACACUUAAAAAUUGAUUCAGGGUGGAAUAGACACACUUGUGAGCUGUUGAAAUCUACAGUAUUAAUACAAUGUGACAUUAUUAACUGGUAAAUUUGUUGCUUUGGAGUGGUUAUUGAUACAUAAAAUCUCAUUGCUGAGACAGCUUUCAUUGGCAACAAGCAGGAUUGCACAGCCUUCUCCUGCACCUCUCUUGUGCUUAAAUUAACUACCUCAAAAACUCACCCUCUCAGCCUAUCACUACACAAGCCAUUUUCAUGGCUUACAAAUUCUUAUUUCAAGCACCUCACCAUCCUCAUCUUUCCCUCUGCACAAGCCUACAUUACUAGCCAAGCAAAGGUCUAGUUCCCAUUCCUGCUUGCUUUCUUCACUCCACUGCUCCACAACAAAACUCCCAAAACUUGACAGCAGACUGCGAAAAGACAGGAGUCUCUACUGCCACUUAACUCGUCCCAGAUGGCAGGGCAAUUAUCCUCAGAAGAGUAACUAGAGUUUAACGCUAGGAACUCCAACAUAUCAUCUUCAAAUUGUUCAGGUAUCACUUGUGAUAUGCAUUGCACUGGUAGGGUAACAUGUAACACCUCAAUUUUCGCAAGCUGAGUUAUGAGAAGUUGAGUUAUUAAAAAAUGAAAAACAUACACUUAAUGUACUUACGCUUGUCUUUCUGUGAAAAUUUUAUCUAUAUUCUGAGUGUCUCGGUCAUUCUGAACCUUUAACUUAAAAAAAAUAAAAAAAUUUAAAUACAAUCAAGUUUGCAAUAAAUCAUGGAAUCAUAUAGGUUGGAAAAUGCCUCUUAAUAUCAUCAACACUAACCCUUAACUCACUACUGACAAGUCCACCAUUAAACCACAACAACAUGUACAUAUCUUUUAAAUACUUCCAGAGAAAUUGAUUCACCUACUAUUUCUGUGGGAUCUUUUCCGGAAACACUUACUAAUAUACCGUUUAAAACUACACAGAUGGGAUGAAAAGCAUUCUUCUCUUUAUGACACAGACAUUUUACCUUUAUUAUUCAACCAAAUGCAAGCAAAAAAAAAAAGUUGUUUUGACCAAGAAAUAUUCAGGUCAUUUUUCAAGUUACCAAAACAACCUUUACUGAAACUUUUGAUCGUAGACAAAUUGAUCACAAGAAAUAAAAUAUGCAUAAUGCCAUUCAUGCCUUAACACUUUGAGGCUGUAUUAAAUAAGCCUCAAAAAUAAAUAAGAAGUCAAAGGAAGAACAAAACUCUUUGAUUUUGUGGUGGCUAUGUCAGAGAAUUAUAAAAAUAUUUAAUAUUUUUUACAUUGGAGACAUUUAAAAGGCAGAAGACAAAAGGGAACUUAAUGUCCAGAAGACCAGGCAGCUUUACAAGGCAGUGCAGUCUGCUUAAAUUUGCCUCCCUAAGACUAGAGUUGUGUGCUCCCAAAAAAAUAAAAAAGAGAAUUUAAUACUCAUAAUUUGGGGUGAUAAUACCUUUUGCAAAUGUAACUCACAGAAAGCUAUUAUGGGACAGUUAACACAAGACUUGAGGCAAUUGUCUUAAUGCUAACAUGUUGCCAACAUUAUGAAUAAUUUAACUGGAAAAAAUGGCUAAGUUUUAAGUCAGUGUUAUGCUUUUUUAUAUAUGUCACACAUUCAAAGCAUGAAGAAAGUAACACAGCAUUUCACUGUUGAAGUAUAGCAAAUAUCCUAAUUCUUACCAUAUUGUAAUCACGGAUCACUUCUGCCAUAUCUGUACUGGUGUUAAGUAUAUCCACAACCUGAAACAACAAAGAAUUCCAACCUGUUACUGCUCUCCUAUUCUUAAAGAAAAAAAAAAUCAGACAAAAGGUUCAUAAAAACAGCAAAUUUUGGUUAUUGCAAUUGGAAAAAACAAUUUGGCAAUCUGAAUAGA